UGUGUCAGCGUGAUUCCCCCAUAUCCACCACCCAAUGGCUCCAUUAACAAUGUCGGUUUUCCCAGGUGAGUUCACCCAAUUACUCUCUUCUCUCCCCACCAUAAUCUCCCUUCUAUUCUUCUCUUUCACAGCAGGCUUCUCAAUUUUCUCCUUCUCUCUUUACAUCCUCCGCCUUAACCCAUGCUGCAAUUGCUGUCUUUGCCGCACCUAUCUUUCUUCCUCCUGGUCGCUCUCCUUCCCUAAUUUAUCCGAUUGGUACACUCAUCUUCUUUCCCUUUCCCCGACCGCCACCAUCCACCUCCACGUCCUCUCCAACAUCCUAACCGCCAACCCCGACAACGUCCAACACAUCCUCAAAUCCAACUUCCAUAACUACCCCAAAGGAAAACCAUUCUCUUCCAUACUCGGUGACCUUCUGGGCCACGGUAUUUUCAAUGUCGAUGGUCAUUCAUGGCGCUUCCAACGUAAGAUGGCUAGCUUAGAACUCGGGAGUUUGUCGCUCCGGUCCCACGCUUUCGAGAUUUUAACCACACAGAUUCAGACAAGGUUGGUUCCUGUAAUGAAGGAUGUUGGGGAAGUGGAUUUGCAGGAUGUGUUUAGGAGGUUUUCGUUUGAUAAUAUUUGUAGAUUUUCUUUUGGGUUGGAUCCGGGGUGUUUGAGGUUGUGUUUGCCGAUAUCGGAGUUUGCGGUAGCGUUUGAUUUGGCGUCGAGAUUGUCGGCGGAACGAGCGAUGGCGGCGUCACCGAUUAUGUGGAAGAUUAAGAGGGUUUUGAUAAUUGGAUCGGAGAGGAAGCUUAGGGAAGCGAUUAAGAUGGUGGAUGGGUUAGCGAUGGAAGUUAUAAGGCAAAGGAGGGAGAUGGGGUUUUCUCAUCGGAAUGAUCUUCUCUCUAGAUUCAUGGCUUCUACUAAUGAUGAUCGAUAUCUUAGAGACAUUGUCGUCAGCUUCCUUCUCGCCGGUCGGGACACGGUGGCAUCGGCGUUGACUAGCUUGUUCUGGCUACUUUCCCAAAACCCGGAAGUGGAAAAUGAAAUUAUCUCCGAGUCAGACCGGAUCAUAGGAUCGGACCGGGAUAUAAUCCCCAGUUUUGACAAUCUUAAAGAAAUGCACUACCUCCACGCAGUGGUCUAUGAGAACAUGCGUCUCUUUCCACCGGUUCAGUUCGACUCGAAGUUCGCCGAGGAAGACGACAUCUUGCCCGACGGUACAUUCGUCCAGAAGGGCACAAGGGUAACUUACCACCCUUAUGCCAUGGGUCGAAUGGACCGGAUUUGGGGACCCGAUUGUCUCGAGUUCAAACCGGAAAGGUGGCUAAAGAAUGGCUACUUUGCACCCGAAAACCCGUUUAAGUUCCCGGUUUUUCAAGCCGGUUUAAGGGUUUGUUUAGGGAAGGAGCUAGCAGUGAUGGACGUGAAAUGUGUAGCGGUGGUAUUGAUUCGGAAGUUUAAGAUUCGGUUGGCGGGAACCGAACGGGUUGCUCGGUUUGCUCCCGGUCUAACGGCUAGCUGGAGAGGUGGGUUACCGGUUCAAAUUGAAGAAAGAACCACUUGUUAAACCAAAAUUGGUUUGACAUUAGAACUUUUUGUGAUGUACAAAUUAAUUAAUGUUACAUAUCUUUUCUAUUAUGAUUUCAAAUGGGGUAGUAGCAUUUUUGUGGCUUCUAGAUCCAAUGGUCCAUCUAGAUCUAGAUGGAACUUUGUUCAUGAAAGAAGAAAAAUAGAGUAGCGAUCAAAUUAUAUAAUAUUCCACAUCGUAGAAACGUUGAUUUUUUUUAA